GUUAUCCUCCUUUAAAAAACUCCACCAACAAAAUAAUAAAAGCUUAAAAUUAUGGAGUUCUUCAACAGAGCUAAAGCAGUACGACUCCGCAGCCACCUGGACAAGUUCCUAAUCGCCGAUGAAGAUGAAGAAACCGUCAGACAAAGCCGCAAUGGCUCCUCAACAAGAGCUCGUUGGUUGGUCGAGUGGGUCCAAUCAGAUAAUCAUCUUAUUCGUCUCAAAAGCUGCUACAACAAGUACCUCACCGCCUCUGCCGACGCCGCCUCUAUGGGCCUGACGGGCUCAAAAGUUCUGCAAACGACACCGUUUUCCAUGAAGGAUCCAUCUGUAUACUGGGAGCCCAGGACCGAGGGUUGGCGAGUAAAGCUGAAGGCAAGGUCGAGCGGAACAUUCCUUCGAGCUAAUGGGGGAAGUCCGCUAUGGAGGAAUACGGUGACGCAUGGUGUUCCUCACAGGACGGUGACGCAAGAGUGGAUUCUUUGGGUUGUAGAUGUUGUGGAUAUAGUAGUGGAUCAGUUGGAUAUUUACUCGUUGAAUACGUCUUCUUCUUGUACGACGUCGUUUGAUUCUUCAUCGUUGACGGAGACGGAGGAGGAUUAUCGGGGUUUGGACUGUACAGUCUCGUCAUCGCCAUCUUUAUUUGCUUAUUCUUGCACUGAAAAUGAGUUUAACAGAAAGAGUGCUAUGGAGAUCUUCCAAAAAGCAAGUGUGGUUCGCCUGCGUAGCCACCAUGAUAAGUACCUACUAGCAGAUGAAGAUAAAGAAUCAGUGUCUCAAGAUCGCGAUGGAACAUGUAGGAACGCGAGAUGGACAGUAGAAAUCAUCGAGAACAGCAAGGCUAUACGUCUCAAUGGAUGUUAUGGCAAAUAUUUAACUGCCUCUAACAUGCCAUUUUUAUUUGGGGUGACAGGCAAGAAGGUUUUGCAAACCUUACCAAGAAGAUUGGAUUCAUCAGUAGAAUGGGAGCCUGUUAGAGAAGGCAUGCAAGUUAAGCUUAAGACACGUUCUGGCCAAUACCUGCGUGCUAAUGGCGGGGUUCCCCCAUGGAGAAAUUCCAUUACACAUGAUAUUCCUCAUAGAACAUCUACUCAAGAUUGGGUUCUAUGGGAGGUUGAUGUUCUAGAGACAAAAAAAAAAGCUCCUAGUACUACUACUGCUAUACCAACUUCAAAACCCAUUAAACCUACAACAGAUCAUCAGCCCUGGGAGCGCCCAUCACCACCACCACCUUCAAAACCUAUUAGAACUAAAGAGAAUCAUCAGGAAUCAGAGCCUAGUUCACCCACAGAACGAUUUUCUCUUAAAACACCUAGAAUAUCCACAUUACAGUCUAGAGAUUCUUUUGAGGAAUCACCAGUGAAAGUUGAAGGAAGGCUUAUAUAUUAUGAGGUAGCUGAUGAAAAUGGCGAUGUUCAUGAAGCUCCAGGAGAGAAAUCUUUCAUUUUUAAAGGCAAGGGAUUAGAGGAAUUGAGACAAAAGUUAGAGGAGGAGACAAGACUCAGUGAUGUUACAGUGUGUGCUAGGAAUCCACUUAAUGGGAACCUCUAUCCCCUUCGGUUACAUCUUCCUCCAAACAACACAACCAUGUAUGUUGUUCUGGUUCCUUCUUCAUCAAAAGUUGUCAUCUUGAUGUGGUAUUGAUGGGGUUAUUGAGGAGUCUUCAACCAUGUAAGACAGCCAUAAAGGAGAAGAAAACAUGAAAUACUUCCUACAUAAAUGCUGCAAAAACUGUUACUUUUUAUAAGGCUUGAUUGAAUUGCAUUCUUUCUCCAUUUUCUGUUAAAACCUGUAGAGCUCUUUGUCUUAACAUUUUACUUCCUACUAAUAAGUUCUACCAAAGAUCAGGUUUGGUAUUCAGCUGUAUUCACUUUUUUCUUCUUAGAAACAAUGCUUUAUAUCUUUCUCAAUGUCACAUUUUCUAGUUCUUGAUCCUUGUAUUGAUGCUAUAUAUGUUGGAAGACGGUAGGAUAGAAUAUAUAUAUGUGUACGCAUAUAUAUAUGGUUAGACACCAAGUAGAUUUAUGACCACCAAGAAUCAUGGAGCAAAUGUCUUUCACAUACAUCUAAACCAAAAUUUCAAAUGCAAAUAUAUUUCUUUAAACAAUUUUGUUCCAUAUAUCUUUACUAUUGUAAC